AGAAAAUGAUAUUCGCAGCGGCUUUUGGGGCAGGCAAGCAAGCAAGCAUGAAUAGUUAAGAAGCGCGUUGAAGCAAAGAAAGAACUUAUUGAUUAUUAGAUUAGAUUAGAUGGCGGCUUUGUACAAACGUGCUUUUGGUUUGGGUUUGGGUUUGGGUUUGAAACCUCGCUUCACAAUCACCAACUUCAGUGACAUCAUUUCUUCUACUUCUCCAAUUAUCACUUCUACCAGACACGUUUCACAGGCCGUCGAUUCCAACGUUAAGCGCGCAUUCCUCGUCGAUACACUUCAACUCGUACGGAAUUUAGAAUCGAACGGUCUCCCUUCCAAACAAGCAGAAGCGAUUACUUUCGCAAUCACUGAAGUUCUAAAUGAUAGCUUGGAAAAUGUUGCUCAAUCUUUUGUUACAAAAUCCGAUAUGCAAAAGUCAGAGAUGAUUCAAGAAACAAAUCUCUCAAACUUCAAAUCUGAAGUGCAAAGUUCUCAGGAGCAUCAUUUUUCUUUGUUGCAACGCGAGACUGAAAAGCUUCGUAAUGACAUAGAUAAGAUGAGAAGUGAAUUGAGGUAUGAGAUUGACAAAGUCACUGCUGGGCAACGAUUGGACUUGAAUCUUGAAAGAGGACGCAUUCGGGAUGAGCUUGCUAAGCAAAAUGCUGAAACCAACGAGUUGACAAACAAACUUGAUCGGGAAAUCCAUGCAUUGAGAGCGCAAUUAGAAGCUGCAAAGUAUGAUGUGAUCAAAUACUGCAUAGGUACCCUUGUCUCUAUAUCUGCAGUGGGUCUUGCUGUGAUCCGCAUCAUAUUGUAGUCUUCCAUGAAAUCAAAGGUGAAUUGUAUUAUGGUUCUAAAUUUACAUUUGUUCUUGGCUUUUUGGAAAUCAAAGGAGCACCAGCAUCAUUGUUUUUCAUUGCUACAAGACCUGCAGUUCCAUUUGUAACAUUUUUUGGGUAUUUUCACAGAAUUACCCUCAAUUUCAUGUGUAGUAUCCCCCGCCCUCAUUAGCAUGCUAAAAUUGAUUGAAUUUGGUAUAGCUGAGAUUGAAUUGUUACCAAUCAGAAAGUAGAUAGAAUUAUUAUUUAUGGAUAGAAUAUUAAUGGAAGAAAUUGAAACAUCAUUGAUUCAUUGUUA